CGUCCACAAAAUCCUGAUACGAUGGCCCAGAUAUUGGUUCUCGAAGCGUUCUACGGUGGAUCUCACAAACAGCUACUGGAUGUGAUACUGAAAAAUUUCGAUCCCACGAAGUAUGAUCUAUACACGGUACCGGCCAAGAAAUGGCACUGGUGUGCCCGGAUGAGUGCCUUACACUUUGCGGAAGUAGUCCCCGCUGUUCACCAAUAUCGGUUGCUCUUUACGAGCUCCGUUCUUAACCUCGCGGAACUGAUCGGUAUCCGACCGGAUCUGGCCCGGUGCCGGAAGAUAGUGUACUUUCACGAGAACCAACUUUGCUACCCGGUCCGGGAGAACAAGCAGCGUGAUGUGCAGUAUGGAGUGAACCAGAUAACGACAUGCCUUUGUGCGGACGCGAUACGCUUCAACUCGCAGUACAACAUGCACUCGUUUCUGGACAGCAUCCAGUCGUUUCUGAGCAUCGUGCCGAACAUGAAGUUCAAGGGAAUUCGUGAGAAAAUUGCACCAAAAUGUGAAGUUUUAUACUUUCCGAUAGCAUUUCACCAAAUCCCUUGUCGGACGGCGGACAGGAUCCAAGAGCGUUCCACUCUACUUCACCUGAUUUGGCCACAUCGUUGGGAGCACGACAAGCAUCCGGAGCAGCUGGUAGAGGCUUUACUGGCGCUACAAGCCAAGGGGGUGGACUUUCGGGUGUCCAUUCUUGGUGAACGAUUUGAGACGGUACCAGCCUGCUUCGAUCAACUCACCGAACGGUUACCAGGGAAGGUGAUACACUUCGGUCCGCUGCCCAAAGAUGAGUACUACCGUACGUUAAUGGAAGGCGAUGUCGUAUUAUCGACGGCACUGCACGAGUUUUAUGGUGUCGCCAUGCUAGAAGCAGUACACUGUGGGUGUGUACCGUUUGCACCAAACCGGCUCGUUUAUCCGGAGCUUUACCCGAAGGAUAAACUGUACAACACCACGGAACAACUGGUAAAGCAGCUGUACAAUUGGUGUCGUAACCGGCCUUUGUUUGAGAAGCAUCGACAGGCAUGGUUCGAUUCCUUUGCGUUGGAUCCCUACUCUGCCGCUCAUUUGGUUCCAGUGUUUGUUAAGCUUUUGAAUAGUUUCUAAGUAGGAGAACAAAUUGAAUUUGAAACAAAAAUUGA